AUGUUUCUGAGUACAAGCCUAUUCUUAGCAUGGUUUACAGGUGCAUUUCGGGUCAUACUUAUUGGAGUAUAUAUUUAUUGGAUACUUUAUUUAUGCUCUGAUUGGUCACUCAGAAAUAAAGAUGUUUACAUAUGUGCUGGAUUGGUAGAUAUCAUGAUGCAUAGGCCAUUCAUACACAAUAGUACAUUAUUUAUAAUUUGUUUGAUAUAUCUGAGCACAGUGCGUACAUCUGGUAUUUUAUCUUGGAUUAAUCCAUUCUCCUAUAAUGGAGCAACUACAAAUCCACAAGAAGAUCUUCGUGUGAAUACUCUGUCUAUAAACAAUCCUGUAUACAUGGAAUUCAUACACGAACUGUCGUAUAAAAACACUGCUAUUGAUAAAAUAAUAGAAAUAUACGAGGAUGAAGACUGGAUAAACAAAAUAUCUGCUCUUUCAGUGAUUAAUCUGUGCAUUGACAGGCCAAGCAUAAAUAUAAUUCUAAAUAACUUACCCAUAUUAAAAGACGCAUCUCAUUUACACAUCCAGCUAGAAAGACAGUCAGUUAUAACCAGCGGAGGCAGUACACAGCCAGAUGAACAGCCAAAUACAGCCCAAAGCAUUGGUCAUGAUAAUGAUCAGUCAAGUGAACAGACAGAUACAGAAAAAGCCAAAAUCCACAAAAACCUAGAAACUCUAUUUAAAAAUCUAGGAUUAACCCGGAUCAAAAAACUUACUUUUUCUGGGAUUGACCUAGAAAAAAAGUUGUUAAACUGUCUUUAUGUGAAUAACCAUUCAUUAACUGCACUUUCAUUCAUACACUGCACUCUUUUAGGAGAUGUUAUAAAGCAGCGCUUUUUAGAGACCUUCAUAAUGAUGUUGAAGCGGUUUAAUUAUAUUAGUAGUUUUUCCUUUAUCAACUGCCAGCUUAAAAAGCAAAUAGAUAUGUACAUGGAUGUUCCUAAUUAUACGGAUCUAUUUUUAUCUGAAAUGGAUAAGAGUAUAAAUAAUGAAAUUAUCCUGCACAUUGAAGGCGAGUCUGAAUGUGUAGUUGUUACACUUCUAAAACUGUUAAAUUCAUUUAAAGAAGUGUCACUUUCUAAUAACAGCUUACUCUCUCUUGAUUUUUUGGAGUCUCCCGAAAUAGAAACACGUCUUUCCGGUCUGGAAUCCUUUCAUUUAAGAAAUGAGCCUGCAUUAAUGUACUUUGAGCCACCAUUCUCAAAAAUCACACCAAAUUUACAGGAGUUGCUUCUUAUUGGGAUAAAUCCACGAAUAAGAGUAUCUACACAGUUCUUUCUGUAUGAGCUGUUGAAUGUGGAGACAAUUUCUCUUGAUGCGCAUAUAUUUGAACAGAUUGGGUAUAAUUCGACUCUUUUCAUGAACAACAAGCAAGAUAUACGUGCAUACGGAGGUGGAAUAGACUCUUCCGACACACUAUAUAUAAGAAUUGCCACUGAAGUAUUUAAUAUAACUAAAAAAGAUCUUUGUCAAAACACAUCUAGAAUAAAAGUGCAGAUAUUCUCAGAUACAAUAGAAAAGGCAUCAGAUGAGGUAAGAAUAAUUCUUCCUAAAUCCUUGGGCACAGAGAUUCUUACGAUUGAAGUGUUUUCUAAUAGCACAGCAAAUACUGAAUCUAUAACAAAUCUUAUAAAGGCAAUUACAAGUAGGUAUGAGAAUAUAGAGAUUCUUUCAGUGAUAUUCAGUUCUCGGAUAAAGCAAAAAUACAUUGACAUUUCAUUUUUGAAGGAACUUCCAAGUUUGCAAUUAUUUUCAUUUGAAAAUUUAGAAGCAGACAUAAUAUUCAAUAGCGGUGCGAGUCAAGGAUACUUUUCUAAAGGACUUAAUUAUAAUGUACUUUCAUUGUGCAAAGAAGAUGAUACGUGGGUAUCUAUGAGCGCAACACCUAAUUAUAUUCUGCAUGCAGUGGAUGUACGCUAUUUUAGCCAGUGGGCAACCCUUCCAAUAAUAUAUAAUCCAGUGCUUUCCCCCAUCAGUAGACUAAAUGCCCUUCCACAGCCAACAUUCAUUCCAGAAGAGAAUAUAAAGUACAUUGAAUUAAAAAGACAAGAAAAAAAUGACCGCAAUGUAUUGAAAAGAUUUGUUAAUAACAAUAAAAAAUGCACCAGUCCGAAGUGCAUAACUGGCUUCUCUAAAUGGCAACCAGCCAAUAAUCUGAAUUCUUCCACGAAAACCAAAAUAGCAUCUAACCCCACCAGGUAUGAAAACUACUUUAUGGUUCUGACAUGCGGUCAUUAUAUAUGCAUUGAGUGCGUAGAACACGCGAAGCCACAAAAAAACACUUCUUUAAUUGAAAUGGGUAAGUCUUUCAUAACUAAUCCCUACACGGUUGUAAAAGUCGCGAAAGAGCUGCUUAUCCGAAAAAAGGUAUCACAAAAACUAUCCAAAGCAAGUGUAAGUAUGAAGUGCUUAGUCCCAGAAUGCAUAAACUCGAAUCGAUUUGUUUUAUACAACUACACCAGUGAAAUUAACUACAUAUAUGAGUAUAUCAUAUAAUAGCCAAAAAACUGAAAUUGCCA